AUGCGUACCUCAAUCUUGUCCGCCACCUUGGCUGUUGUAGCCAGCGUUUCUGCGCUUCCAUCUCCUCAGGAACUUCCCCUGACCAAGCUCAUCAAGGCCCUACCCCUCAACAUCUUCGCCGAGACACCAAAGUUCGUUCAGCCCGUUCCUCUCGCGGAUGCCAAGCGGAUAUUCGAGGAGCACAAUGCCACACAGCCAGAGGAGCCUGCUGCGCAAAACCAAAACUUCCGCGUCUCUACUCUCGCUGCCGCUGCAACAUGCGCCAACCCCCGCGUCCGCGUUGAGUGGGACUCCUACCCUGACAGCAGCAAGCAACAAUUCGUGGAUGCCAUCAAGUGCUUGAUGGGCCGCGCUCCCUCAGGCCAGUUCCCCGCGGCCAAGAGCCGGUAUGAGGAUCUCGUCGCCCUCCACCAGACCCUGACACCCAACGUGCACGGAAACUCCAAAUUCUUGCUCUGGCACCGAUACUACACCUGGGUCUUCGAGGACAUUCUACGCUCAGAAUGUGGCUUCAGCCAAACCAUGCCCUGGUUCGACGAGACCAAGUACGCCGGUCGCUUUUCGGCAUCAUCCAUCUUCUCAGCCAAGUGGUUCGGAGGCAUUGCCCUCGGCGGAAACUGUGUAACCAAUGGCGCAUUCGCCAACCUUGCCAUUAACAUUGGCCCCGGUUCAGGCAACACGCCCCAUUGCCUUGCCCGCAACGGCGAUGCCGCCAAGACCCAAUACUGCAACUCCGACUACGUGAACCAAUGCAACGCCUACGGCGACUUCGCCGGCAUGGCUCAAUGCGCAGAGGGAGGCCCCCACGCCUGGGGCCACAACGGUAUCGGCGCUGUCAUGCAAGACACGUACGGUUCGCCCGCCGACCCCAUCUUCUGGCUCCACCACGCUUUCGUCGACCGCAACUUCCGCAUCUGGCAGAACGCCAACGGUGCUCGUGUCAACACCAUCAACGGCAACGACGCAUCUGGCCGGGCCCUUACCCUCGACACCAACAUCAACGUCUACGGUAUCCGUCCUGAUGUCAAGGUCAGGGAUGUCCUCGACACCACUGGAACCACGCUGUGCUACAAGUACAACUACUAG